AUGGCUACCGGUGUGUUGGAGCCGGUGCUCGCGCUGGCGCUGGCGCUGGUGCUGGUGUUGGCGCUGGCGUUGGCGUUGGCGCUGGCUCGGUACCAGCAGCGCACCAGCAGCGCACCAGGACCUUCUCCGCACCAAGAACGACCCAAGGCACGGCCGGUGGGCGAUGGCUCCAUGCAACAUUCCAGUCGGCUGAGAGUCGGUUGCCCACCAGUGCCAAUGCCUUGCUGGAAACAGAAGGUUGGGUGGUGCGGCAAUCGUCCCGAGCGCACUGUGCUUUGGACACGCCCCGUCCCGAGAUGCUUGGGGAGAUGCUUGGGGAGGGCGAAUCCGAAAUCGUAUGUGUGGGCAUGUGUGCGUCACUCUUGCACAUACGAGCUUGUUCGGCCGACGACCGCUGCACCGUCUAUCGCCGUCUCGGUUGCUGUUUGCUGUUUGCCCCCAGUUCGCCCCGGGACACCCUCGCCUCUUCCGUUGGCCCUUCUCCACGACACAUGGGCACACAGGCAUGUGUUGGGAGAUUUGGGGGGCCAUUUUGCUGCAUGGCAUGACUUGCGUUACUACGUAGUACGCCUCCACUCCAGAGGCAGCGCCCAUGAGCUGAUUUUGAGUCUCGUCCGUCCUGCAGAUACCCGCUGUCGCUUCGACGACUGUGCCAACCUGGUGGAUCGUCCCGUUUGCCCAUCCUCUCAUUGGAGCCGGACGGGUAAUAUUAGCACUGGAGGAUCGCCCGCGGAAGGGCCAGCGGCCCCGUUUCCACUUAAAUGGAAUUUCUCACAAGGGCAGGGCCCAAUUCGCACAAAAACUUUCGAGCUAGCUACUCAUGUAAUGCAGCGUGAACCGUCCCAGCGGUACGUCCUGUGUCAUGAUAUGGAGAAUGGCAUUUUGGGAGAGCGGGGUGGUCAGCGAGUUUGGGCGUCAAGUCGAUCGCCCGUGAAUCGACCCAUCCGCGGUGCUAGAAUCUUUGGGUCCUGGUCAUCCUGUCCCCCAAAACCAGAAGGCCGUCAGGAUUUGAGUACCACUGACGGGAAUAACAUGCUUUGUACGGGCACCUCGGCCGCCGUUCGACCGCGUCGUCAUCAGCGUCUCCCGACCAUCACCGCAAACCGCAAAUCCUCCGCUCACGCCGUACCGUUCCAGCAACCUGGCUAAAUUGGGCAGAAGCAGUUCAGCAUGGCAGCAGCAGAGGCGCGACCAAAUCCCGGUGAGCUGGUUCCCAAGGAACGGCCACGCCAGUCUGUCCAGUACCAGACCACAAGCCUCACCGCUUUUCGGCGCUGUGUGUCUUGAAUCAUCAUUGACGCGGGAUGAGCGGCGUUCCUAGGGGUUGACGCCUCGUUGGGUCCUUUUGACAGAAGCAAACUACCCCAAUCGGUCUCA